ACGGACGGUCGAUCAGUCCCUCGCGAAACCUGCGCCGGAACGGUCGAUCUACACGCUUGGACGGCGCACCGGUGCCGUUGCCACAUGGAGGUGCUCGUUCUACACGUGUGAAGAGUUGCGAGAGGUGCGGUCCACUUUUGGCCACUGGCGAUUAUUCAACGGCCAGUGCGGGUAAACAAUGCGCCACGAGUGAGCAAAUGUUGAACAUCUCAAGUGAAAAGUGAUGUAUCAGCGCUGAGGAGACGUUGAUGUUGAGUGCGAGCUGAAGAAGAACUCGAAGAACGUUUUCAAGAGAACGCGACAAGGAAGAAUCCAAGAACUACAUUCCAGAACCUCACCGCAAGAAGUUCUAGAAGAUCUGGCUAACGGUAUUCCAGAACUACAACAACAGCUUCCAGCUGGACCUAACAAUCAACUGACUGUUGCAUCAGUCCGACGACCUCCUCAUCGAACUCAUCAAAAUCGCAACCUCGGGCCAGCUGUUGUUGACCCAGAUAUUGUUGCGGAUCCCAAAAGUUCGUUGAAUCCAUCGUCUGCGACGACUCGUCGCCGCAGUUUUUUUUGUUCAGAUUAGAGUCAUAACAAAAAACUGUCAAAAUGGUCAUCAAAACAGUUGUGCAGGACAAAUCGCUUAUCGAGAGCCAGGUCAGCGCCGCACGGUUCUCCCCGCUCACGAGACAGGUUUUGGCGGCAACGGGACCGAUCAUAUCGAGCGCUGCGGCCGGCAUGACCAAUGGCUUCUCGGCGAUCCUGCUGCCUCAGCUCCAGCGACCGGAGAGUUCCAUCCAGAUCACCAGCGACCAGUCCUCGUGGAUCGCCUCGAUGGCGCCGCUCCCGAUGGCGGCCGGAUGUUUGCUCGGUGGCUUUCUGAUGGAGAAGUUUGGCCGCAAAGUGACGCACCUAGUCUUGAACGUUUCCUUCGCCGUCGGAUUCUGCGUGUUAUCAAUGGCGUCGUCGUACGAUAUGAUACUGGCGGGAAGAUUUAUUACCGGGUUUAGUUGCGGCCUAAUUGGUCCUCCGGCGUCUGUUUACAUUGCGGAGACGUCUCACCCUAAGUACCGUGGUAUUUUAUUGGCCGGAGUCACAUUUGCGGUAUCGUUCGGGAUAUUUAUCUCGCACUUGUUCGGGACGUUCUUCCACUGGAAGAUGGCGGCCUUGUACUGCUCGUUCUUUAUGGCCGUUAGCUAUCUCUUUGUGGCGCUCUGCCCGGAGAGCCCUUCAUGGUUACUUUCGAAGGGCAAGACAUGUGAAGCCGAGGCCGCCUUCCGGUGGCUUAGAGGUCACGAUGCCGAUGCGUUGAAAGAAUUUCAAGACAUGGCUUCGAGCUACUCACCCGCAGGAGAAUCUCAAGAACCAAAACCAACCCUGCUUCAAAAUAUCUCCAAAAAGGAGUUUGUUCUCCCCCUCCUAAUUCUGCUGGUAUUCUUCUUCACAAUGCAGUUCUCCGGAGUGAACAUCGUUGCGUUCUACUCGAUCUCGCUGAUGCAAACCACCAUCGGCUCCAACAUCAACGAAUACCUUGCGAUGCUCAUCGUAGAUCUAGUAAGAGUCAUAACCUCCCUCGUGGCCUGUAUGCUCCUAAGGGUCGUCGGCAGACGUCCGCUAGCAAUGCUCAGUGGCUGUGGAACUACCAUCAGCCUGGCCGGACUCUCAAUCUUCCUGUACUUCCAAACGAGCAUCCCCGUGUACCAGAAUCUCUCCUGGAUGUCGCUCAUCUUCCUCAUCAGCUACAUCAUCUUCGUCGGCAUCGGUCUCUUCCCCCUCCCCUGGUGCAUGAGCGGUGAAAUCUUCCCGGUCGCAACCCGUGGCAUCGGUUCCGGCCUAACAUCCUCCUUCAACUUCAUCUCAUUCUUCGUGGUCAUCAAAACCGGUCCCUCCCUGUUUGCCGCUUUCGGCACCAACGGAACGUUCAUGAUCUACGGCAUCAUCUCCCUGCUCGGCACCCUCGUCCUCUACAUGAUCCUCCCGGAGACAAAGAAUCGCACCCUCCAGCAGAUCGAGGAAGCGUUCCGAUCCGGUUGGCGAACGUCCGAGAGUAAGACACCUGUCCCUGGACCGACGGAGCAAAGUAAGGCGUAACUUUAGACCUUGCAUGAGAACCUAGAAGUACCAAUCACCACGGAUGGCAACUCAAAGUCGUAAUCUUUCGUUAGGCUUAGAUCGAACGGGUGAAGCGUUCACGUAUUAUGGGACGGUUACGCUGGGAGGUGCCGGCAGGGCGUGGACGGUUCAGAAGGAUCGGAUAGGUGCCGUUGAGUGUGGGUUGGCUGGUCCGAGCGGGACGUCGUCGUUGUCACGGUUGUGCAAUAUGAGUUGAUUGAGUGUUUUUUUUUUAUUUUUAGAUUAUGUGAUUGUAUGUUAUGAUUUCAUAAAAUAGAAUUAGGAAUUAGAAUAUUAUUUCUUGUUAUUUUAGAUGAAUAAAUGCCAUUUUUAAUAAA